UGGAGAGAAGGCGGGGCUUGGUGCCGUUUCCCGCGGGAUCGCGGCUCCCGUUCCUUCCGUGCCGGGCAUCGCUCCCGGUCCCGGUCCGCCCAUGGACGCGUUCGUGGUUAAACUGCCCCGCGGGCCGGCGGGCGAUGGCGGCGGCAGCGGCGGGAAGAGGCCGCGGCUGGAGAAGCCUGGCCCGGAGCGGCCCCCGCCGCGGGAGAUCCGCGCCGAGGGGCUCAGCUGCGAUUACCGCAUCCUCUUCGGCAAGGCCGAGGCGGACGAGAUCUUCCAGGAGCUGGAGAAGGAGGUGGAGUAUUUCGAAGACGACGCGACAAAGCUGCACGUGUUCGGCACGUGGCACAAGAUUCCCAGGAAGAAGGUGACCUAUGGAGACCCUGGCUUGUCCUACACCUACUCCGGGGUCACGUUCCACCCCAAGCCCUGGAUCCCGGUGCUGACCCGGAUCCGGGAGCGCGUCACCUUGGAAACGGGACACACCUUCAACUUCGUCCUCAUCAACAGGUACAAAGAUGGCCUGGACCACAUCGGGGAGCACCGUGACGACGAGAAGGAGCUGGUUCCCCUCAGCCCCAUCGCCUCGGUGUCCUUCGGAGCCUGCCGGGAUUUCGUGUUCCGCCGCCGGGGCCGGGCGGGGCUGCGGGGCCCCGCGAGGAUCAGCCUGGCGCUGGCGCACGGCAGCCUGCUGCUCAUGAAGCACCCCACCAACGAGCACUGGCACCACAGCCUGCCCCCGCGCCGCAGGGUGCUGGCCCCCCGCGUCAACCUCACCUUCAGGAACGUGCUGCCCGCGGCCGGGCGGGGGAACGCUCGCCCUCUGGGCUCUGAAAAGUGAAUUCAGCUCCUGCUGGAACCCUGGAGUCACCUGC